AUGUUCAACUCGGCAUUACCACUUCUUCGCAGCGCAUCGCGGAUCCAGGCUCGGUCGUUGCUACGCCCCUCAACCCGCAACGCGUGCGACGUCAUUGCAUCUGCAGCCCGGGGCCAGCACGAGAAGAGAUCCCACGGGUCACAACAAUCGAGCAAAUCCAGAGGCCAGGGCCCGCGACGCGACGGUCGGCUUCCUCUCAGGUCAACGGCCGUGGCUGGCUUCUCCAUCCUUGCCGCCAUGGCCAACUCGAAGGAUACACCACCACAGCCCAAUUAUGCGUUCAAGCAUCCCUCCGGCUGGGCAUACAUGAACACCGAGCCGUCGUUGGUUCAGGAUUUCAUCAUGAGAUAUUCCCAGGCCAAUGACAUCAACUCCAUCGAGGAAGCCCGCAGCGCCCAUUUCGAAUUCACACGCAGCCUCCUACAUUUCUGCGUCCAUGGCGAGAUCAUCGACCAGGGAUCGUUGCCAAGCGACGUUGUCUUCGGCUUCGGCCGGUACGCGGCCAAAGAAGACACCAAGAUCUUCUGGAUGCCCUCUCCAGUGCAGGCAAGGGUCCCCGUACUCUGCCUGUCUGUACAUCACGACCUGAGUGAGGAGGCGGGGAGGCUGGCUUUUGUCGAGAGUGCCAUCGUGGCUGAGGUUGGCGCGAGCUUCCUCGAGAAAUUCAACGAGAAUGAGACAUACAUUUACAUCCAGAUCCACGGCCCUACGCAAUUCUUUUCGCUGGGUCUUCGCCGCGAUGAAAUUUUGCGCCUUGUUGAGCGCAGCAAGGCUUGGGCUGUUCAGGAGUAG